AUGGGAAAUCGAUUGGGUGUAUCAAAGAGUAAACAUGGCCGAUCAUCUCUAAUGCAGAAAUUUGACUCACAUGAUGCGGACACAGCAUCAGGUUAUGCGGAAAAUUCAUCUCUCGUAAGAAUGGUAUCUACAAUGCACGAUACAAAUCUCGAAACAUUUAUGCUUGUAUGGCUCGAUCCAAGAAUAGAUACAGACAGAGGAUACAUAGAAAUGCAGAAACGCUUAAAAGAUGCAUUUACAUGUUGCAUUGUGUUCGAUGACAAUAACAAAUGUGAGCAAUGGCUCAAGCGAAGUACUGAUGAUGACCGAUUGGUACUUGUUGUUUCGGGAGCUUUUGGACAAAUGAUUGUGCCAAAAGUUCAUGAUAUGAAACAAAUUGUUGAUAUCUACGUCUACUGUCGAAAUAAAAGUCGACAUCAACGAUGGACUAAAAACUUUUCGAAGGUUCGAAAAGUAAUCAUCGAUACAGAUAAACUGAUCAAAAGAAUUCUCAAAGAUCAGAAGAAUCGAGAAAAUAUUGAAGAUUCUCGAGCUUUAUCUAUUAUUGAUCAAAAUAAACUAGCAUCGAAUACAACAUCAAUAGAGGAUGCAUUUAUUUGGUAUGAACUUCUACUUGAUGUACUUUUCAAUCAUAUACCAUCGACUAGUACAUUCGAUGAUCUAAUUAAAAUAUUACUUGAGUAUAGUUCGGACAAUGAGGAAGGACUACUUCAAAUAGAUGAAUUCAAAAAGUCUUAUGAAUCGAGAAAAGCAUUGCUCUAUAUUAUAAAUGAUACACCAUUAGCUCGUUUCGUUAAUAAAGCAUUACGUAAUCAAGAUAUUUAUAUGAUAUUCGCUCUUCGUUUUUUACUUACUGAUAUUCGACAACAGUUAAUCAAUCAUCGUCAACAAUCGGUCCAUGUGUUUAAAUGGCAUAUCAUGUCCAAAAUGCAAUUAGACAGUGUUAGCUCUAAACCUGGUCAAAUACUGAUGAUAAACGGAUUUCUUUUCACUACGAAGCGAUUAAACAAUGAACUAUGUCCGGAAAAACCUAGUCAGGAUUCUGAAAUAGUCUUAUUUGAUAUUGAUGCUAUAUAUCAAAAUGAAACAUCAACUCCAUUUGCUGAUAUCGGUGAUAUUGAUCAAUGUCAACAUCGAAACGAUGAGAUUAUCUUUAUGUGUGGAUCAAUGUUUGGAAUUGAAAAUAUUUAUCUCGAUCGAACUUUGAAUACUUGGAGAUUGCAUUUGAAACUUGUUAAUGAACUAAAUAUUCCUGCAUUAAGAAAAAUUAAGCAACAGCUGAAGGAUGCUCAAGAUCUAUCGAUUGUUGGGAAACUUAUGUACCGAUAUAAUCAACAAGAGAAGGCUCUGGCGAUGUUGAACUGUACUCAACUAAAUAAAAUUUAUGUAUUCUGUAUGCUUCGAAAUCAUUGCAACUUUGUUCGACAAUAUUUUCAUCGUUUUCCUGAAAAACUUGGCAAAGUCUUUAUGUAUGAAAAACUUGAAUAUGAGCUAAUGUUAUUUGGUGUCGAUUUUUGCACGCGUCUGGCAGAUAAUGACGAAAAUGAAAAUCGGGCAUUAGCCGACAGAUAUCUUAAUGAUGCUGAACAACUAGCUCGACGAUUAGUAGAUUAUUAUCAAUCACGAAUUCAAGGCACAAAUGUUCAAUUGGGACAACAACCAGCAGCCCCACAGUAG